AUGAGCAUGGCUCUGCGCGACUGGUACGCCGAUCGGGAGCUGCUCCUAACGGGAGUGACCAGUGAUGUGGGACGAGCACUACUCGAGAAGAUUCUCCGUUCGUUUCCUAACGUCAAGGUGUACGUGAUCGUUCGGCCACGACAUGGCUUCAACAAAGACAACAGGAUCAAGAACAUCUUCCUGUCACCUCGAUUCGAGAGAUUGCGGCACGAGGUCCCCGACGCUAUUUCCCGGGUGAAGGUGUUGCAGGGUAACGUGCUGUACGAUGGACUGGGCACGGCCAAGGCGGACCGGGAACGGUUGGGGAAGGUGAGCGUGGUCCUGCACGCGGCCGGCCCAAGCGACGGUGUUCUACGUUUCUGCCAAGAAUUGCCGCGGCUGCAAGCUGUGGUGGUGGUCUCGAGCAUCUUCCGACACGCGUCCGACGGUGAAAUCAGCGAGUCAGCGAUGGAAAAGGAAGUUGUACUCGAGGGACCUGUGGCUCUGGUGCGGGUUCCGUUGGUAGGGUCGGCUGUGCGCGAGCCUAUGCCUGGCUUCGUGGACGUCUUCAAAGGACCGACCGCCCUGAUGGUCGGAGCGGGCCUCGCCCGCGGCAACUCAGAGUUUCAAGCGGAAAUCAUUCCGAUCGACCUGGCGGUCAACACCCUCAUCGCCGUUGCUUGGGAACGAGCCACCGCGAAGAACGUGGAAGGGCCAGUGGUAUAUAACGCUGCCCCGAUAGGAUGCACAUGGAGUGACCUGAUUAAGAAAGGUCGGCGAAGCAACCGAAAGUUUACAUAUCCAACUUUCGGCCUCCGUGGAAUGACGUCUAUGGCAGCGGUGCAUUGGAUUCUAGUGCUGCUCUUUGAAUGCUUGCCAUCCGCACUCUGUGACACGAUUCUCGGCCUGCUCGGAGCAAAGAAAAGGCUUCUCGAGGAGCAGCAGAGAGUUCGUAAUGCACUUCGAUCCCUUGAGUCAAUUUCAUCGAGGCCGUGGUCAGCAGAGAGGAAUCGCGUGUACCUGGUUCAGCAACGUCUCACCCCAGAAGACCAAGAUGCAUUUCCGGUUGCCACGGAAAUCGACGUCGAGAGUUACGUUCUGUGCACGGCCGCCGCGGCCAAGAAGUAUUGCGUGGACGAGAGCAAUAUCAGCCUCGUAAAAAUCUUUCGACUACUUUUCUUCUUUCUUAUCGCGGCCGCUCUCUUCCUCGCGUUUGUCUCCCCGUUCCGCGGACAUCACGUGCUCGAGAAACACUCGGAACUCUGA